UUUGGAACAGGACUCAUAAUUCACUGUCAAAAGUUAUUAAAUGUCAAAAGAAAAAAUUUAAAAUGCGUAAAAAAACAAUAACCGACAAUCCCAAAGCAAUAGCAGCUAGAGAACGUAAAAAAGCAGCACAAGAAGAGAAAGAAGCAAUAAAAGAACGAGAAAUCGAAGAUGCCAAAUGGAGAGAGGACGAUAAACAAAUACUCAAAAAGCAGCAAAAAAAGGCAGCGGAUGAACGUAAGAAACACGACCAACUGAAAAGGAAAGCUGAAGCAAAAGCCUUAUUAGAAAUGGAAAUGGCUUCUAUAGAAACGAUGCUGAAACUCACCAAAGUUACCAGAGCCGAGAUUACUAUUAAAGAAGAAGAACAACCCAAGAAAAAAAUUGAAAAAAUUAUCCCAUUAUUGGAAAACUUGAAUAGAGUGAAAGUUGAGCAUGAGGAGGCUAGAACUGUCGAUGAAGCUAUCAAAGUUCUCGAUGGUACUUCAGGGAGUAUUGAUAAACAUCCUGAAAGAAGAAUAAAGGCAGCAUACACUGCUUAUGAAGCACGAAGAUUGGAUGAGUUGAAGGUGAAAAAUCCCACUUUACGUGUAUCGCAGCUGAGGCAAAUGAUCUUCAAAGAGUGGCAAAAGUCACCAGAAAACCCUUAUAAUAAAAUACAACCUACUAAUAAAUCAUAUUAUUUGAAAAAUUAUCGAUUAGUCUCCUAAGUUGGUUUUUCUGGAUUUUUUUAAUAGAUUUUGAAAAAGCUUACUAAAU